AUGGACAAGGGAGAUGCUGAAGGACAUUGUGCCAGUCCUUGCAAGAACCCUUGGCUAGCUAGUUGUGAGGAGAGCUACUAUGAGAUCACUAGAAAAAGCCAGCCAGAGAUGAAGGAUUGGGCUGAGGGCCAUGGAAUUACUGCUGGCUGCUGUCCUUACUCUGUUGGAGCUCAGAAGAGGGGGAGAGAGAGAGAGAGGAUGAGGUCUCUAAAAUCCUACAACUGUGAGCAAUGUGGGAAUGAUUUUGUCAGCCGCACCGCCUUGAGGUAUCAUUUCCGAGCAAAACAUCUUGGAAAAGUUCACUGUGAGAAAUGUGGUAGGGAAGUUUUGAGAGAAACACUUCGGGACCAUGAAGCGGCCAACCAUGAAAAAAUGACUGCUGAAAAACAAGGGUGUUUCUGGGACAUGCCUCCAAAGAGGGAAGCAAAAUUUGUGGCCACGGAAAUGUCUACCUCCUGCAGGAUGUGCCCAAGGCAAUUUGGAACAAUCCAUAGCAGGGAACACCAUGAGAAACAAGAUCAUCACUUCACAGCCAGCAAAAGAGCUCAAAUGGCCACUGGAUUUUCACCUGAUAAUAUCUUGGAUUAUAAAAAUCCAACAGAACUAAAGAGAUUUGUAGAAGAAAAGCUUCAACCCAUUCCAGGCCCUGCACGCAUUGCCUGUGCAACAGAUAUUGAGGCAAUUAUUAAUUUGAUCAAGGAAUGCUUCCCAUUACCAAUAGCUCGGCUAAUCAAGGGAGGCUCAUAUAUAAAAGGAACUGAUACACAAGGCUGGUCUGAUGUUGAUAUAGUGCUAUUUAGUGAAGCCUUUGAAAAUCUAGAAGACUGCAAAAAGAAACUGCCAGAAGUUAUAGAUGAUCUUGGAAAAAGACUGAAGAAAUCUUCAUGGGCCAGCAGGCUAAUGAUGGAGAAAAGGACCCAGUCAUCCUUACGGUUUCAUUUCAAAUGCUAUAAGAAUCACCAUGGUCACUCGUUUGAUAUCAUGCCUUGCUAUGACAUGCUGGGGCCUGCACCAUCAACAGGUUUAAAAGAGAGGUUUUACCACAAGAUCUAUCUCUGUAAUGACACGGAUGAAAUCCAGCUGUACUCAAUGUCCCUGCUGCAGUACCAGGUUGAGUUUAUCAAGGCAUCUACCAUGAAGGUGAAGGACCUGAUUCGUUUGGUUAAGCAUUGGUUCAGGACUUCAUUUGCUAAACCAACAGCACAAAAUAAGUUUCGCAGGCUUCCUUCUUCCUAUGCUAUAGAGCUCAUCACAAUCUCCAUCUGGCAGCUGGCAGGGAAGCCAGUCUUUUUCAGCCUGAUUCAGGGAAUGAGAGCUAUCCUGAAGCUUCUGGUUAGAUACCCAGAAAUAUGCAUUGUUUGGCACAAACACUACAGCCCAAACUCUACGAUUUUCAAAAAGGCGUUCCAGAAGCAAACCAGGCCAUUUGUUUUGGAUCCUGCAAACCCAACAUUUAAUGUGUGUGAGAACAGCAAUGCUUGGGAUGAAGUAGCUCAUGUGGCGAGACGGAGCCUCCUUAAGCCUCUUUUUAAUGGUGUGCAAGCGAAAGACCCCUGGCUUUUUACAAACGGCUGGUAA